GUAUAUAAAUGAAUGGCGUACAUUGUCAUGCUAUAUUCUGUUGACAACCCGAAAUUGUAUGUGAUUAUUUACUACAUGUGUUAGAACUUUGAACUGUCUUAUAAUGCAUAUCAACAUUAUUUGUAUUGUAAUAUUUUUGACGUGUACAGCGUAUGCCGUUUCCGCUGAAAAUGGCAAAAUUCAAAUGAACAAUGAUCCUUCUACGGGAUGGAUCUACCGUGGUCCCCUGUUGGUUGACGGGCUACCAAAAAACUUUGACGCCAGACAAAAAUGGCCUAAGUGCAAAUCUAUUGGUCUGAUACACAAUCAAGGCAACUGCCAUUCCAGUUACGCUAUAUCGGUAGUGUCAGCGGCUGCUGAUAGAAUUUGCAUUGGUUCCAACGGUACUUUGACUCCCGUCAUAUCUCCACAGCAAAUUAUUUCUUGUUGUUACUUAUGCGGAUACGGAUGUAGGGGCGGUUCGGCCUAUGAAUCUUGGGACUUUUACAGACGACAUGGGUUUGUUUCCGGCGGCGAUUAUGGCACAAAUCAGGGUUGUCAACCGUAUAAAAUUCCACCGUGUAAAAUCCAAAAAGAAAUUACAACGGAAGACUCGUGCACACUUCACAAAACGGACGAUACACCACAGUGUGAGACAAAAUGCUACAAUACUCAGUACAAGACCGAGUACAAAAAUGACCUAUACAAAGGUUUACCAGCUUAUCAAGUAGAUCCAUACAUAGCCACAAAAGAAAUAUUUGAAAACGGUCCCAUAACCGCAUCAUUUUACAUGUAUAAACAUUUGCUUGAUUAUAAAUCCGGCGUUUACUCGUUCGAUUACAACAGUAGUAGACAUUACUUUCAUCGACAGACCGUUAAGAUCAUUGGAUGGGGAGAAGAAAAAGGAACUUCGUAUUGGCUUGCAGCUAAUUCGUUAGGAUACGAAUGGGGAAAUAACGGUACAUUUAAAAUUGCAAGAGAUGAAAACGGAUGUUUUCUGGAAGAAGAAAUGUAUGCAGCAAUGCCUUUAUUAUAAAAUAAUAUAGUUUUUUUUAUUUUUCAAAUGUCUGCAUUUCUAAUGUAGGUGAAACCAUAAACUGUAUAAACAAAAGUUAUAUACAAUUAUUAAUACUUCAAUCGAAAUUUUAUGUUUGCUUAAAUAAAUUUAUUUUAGUUAUAGACUAUA